CUGAGCCACACCAGCCAGGGCCUAGAGUCUACCUCUUAAGUACCAAGCAGACUGUCUACAUUGAUGGAAUUUCUAAAAAGACAGGAGGGGUUGGUUUCCAGAAAAGGCAGGGAAAGAGGCCUUGGUCUGGGACUUGAGGAAGAACAUGGCCAAGAGCAGGUGGGUUUAUAGGUAUAGUGUCUAGCUGUUCAUGGAGGCAAGGUCAGUUUGUAAGACUGAAGAUAGCAAACGUGGAAGCUGGGAAGGCGGGAGGUACGGCGCCUUUGAGUGUGGUGUGGAGGGCUCCUCAGUCUCCCAGCUGGCUCCUGCAGAAAUGAAGGAAAGGUGGAAGGGGGCCUACAGGUGGAAUAAGAGGAAGGAGAAAGGACUGAGGUGCAGAGGGAGGACAGGCAAGUCCAAAGUUCCAUAAGAACUCAGUGCAAGGCCUGGCAGAGCCAUUGAUGUCCCUGUCUCUCAUAAGAAAGGGGAGAAACCCAGGGUUGGAAUGUUUUACAUCCCCUGGGGAUCUAGCUGUUUCUUCACCUGCACUGAUUGUCCACAUGGCUUCUCCUUUCAUCUCAGGAAGAAUCGGAACCAGGUCACAUUCAUCUAUGUUCCCAGUGCCCAGCACAAAUGAAGCUGUUACUGAACAUUUCCUGAAUGACUGAUUGAAUGAAUGAAUGAAUGCACAAGUGCAGAAUAACAAGAGUUAAAUGCCUGGGCUUUGGACCUUGGCCAUGAUGGAUUUGAACCUCUGACUGCCUCUGAUCAUGUGACUUCACCUGAACCUCAAUUUUUUUAUAACACCAACCCUCAUCAUUCAUGGAUUACAUAUUUGUGAAUUUACCUACUCACUACAAUUUAUUUGUAACCCCAAACCAGUAUUCGUGACACUUUUGCAGUUAUCCGCGGACACAUGCCGAGCUACAAAACCUUUGAGUCGGCCAGCGUGCGUGUUCUCAGCGGAGGUUGAACAAGAGAAUACCCUGCCUUCUCACUUCAGCUCUUAUAAUGGAAACAAGUGUUCUUUUUGUGGCCUGUUGACUGUCAUGUUUUUCAAAUUCUGGGGCUUUUUGUUGGUGAUUUGGUUGUUUAAAAUGGCUUCUAAGUCAUGCAAAAGUGCUGUCUAGUGUUGCGAAGCACAGGAAGGUUGUGAUGUGAUUUGCAGAGGAAAUACAUGUGUCCAAUGAGCUUCAUUCAGGUAUAAGUCAUCAUGCUACUGGCUGUGAGUUCAAUGUUACUGAGUCAACAAUCAUGUUUAAAUUAGGUGUCUUUAAACAGAAAACCACAUAAAACCAGGGGAUAUACUGAUCAAUCAAUUGACAAAAAUGUUAUGACCUGGUAGGAAUCUAACCCUGUAUUUCUCCUAGGAGCACUGACGUGGUAUUUGCUGAUUCAGUGUUCAUAGUGGUGACUUCACUGGAACAUAACUACCAUCAAUAACAAGGGUUGGCUGUAUGUGAACUAGGAAUAAUUAUAGAAUCUCCUUGUAGGGUUGUUGUGGGAUUGAAGGAGAUAAUGUUUUAAAGUACUUGGUACCGUGCUAGGCACAUAAUAAGUGUUCAAUAAAAAUUGCUAAUAUUGUUAGUGUGGAUGAGUGAGAAGGUAAAGGAGUGAUUUUCUCCCACUAAGAGUUCCAUUCUCUGAAGGGGCCGAGAUGAAGUUUUCUGGUUGGACUGACCCAUGGAGAGAACUGUGAGAGAUCUUGACCUGUGGGGAGGGGCUGGGGACCAGGACUUGUAAUAAAGAGCCCCACCCACAUCCAGACUAUAUGUCACAGAGACCUCAACUGCCCUGGCCAGCAGCGUCCUUGGGCAUGGUACAGUUCUCUGUGCCCAUGGGGCCUUUUCAGCUUGCCCGUGCCCCUCGGCCCCGGGGUUUGCGUUCCCCCAACCGCAGACCAGGUGUGGGCUGGCCUCGGCCCAGGUUUCCCAAGAUGUUCAAGUGCAGCCACAGGAGGUACCGGCAGAAACUCCAAGGCCCAGCUGCCACCACUGCAGCCACCAAUCUUGCUACCAUGGCCAGGGAUAUCAACGACACCCACCCUGUCUCUACCAGUGUGUGGAUCCUUCCACUGCAAGGUUAGCCAAGGGCCCUGAGCCAGGACUGGGGUUGGAAAAAUAGGGCCACUGAAGUUUUCCCCACCUUAG